CGUUUGAAGUGACGUCACCUUAGACGCACCUGAGAUUGAUGUGUUUCAUGUUUCUUCUGGAAAAUCGAUCUUUUUUUCAUGAAAGGAUGUGGAACUGAUGAACUGUAUCAGAUUAUUGAUUGAUUGUUGACCCCACCCCCCGACCAGCUGAUUUUUGCUGUGCGUGAUGCCGUCACGACGUGGCCCCGCCCCCUCCUCCUCAGCCUAUGGAUUAUUUGAUUGUUUUCUCCUGUCCGUCCCCUCCUCCGCCGCUGCGUCCAUUAUCCCCGACAAGAAGCAGCCGAGGAACCGCAGCGGCACGCCGCAACAACUGCAGACCGAGCGAGAGGCCCGGAGCCGCCGCCACCGUCAUGAGGAGCCGACCGGAGCCGCCGCCGCUGAAGCCCGGAGGAGGCGACAUGACUGCGGAGUAACGAGGCGAGAGGACGCCGGCCGCUGCGCCUGUCGCCAGGAUGUCCGGGCCGCCCGCCGGGGCCGCGCCGGGGCCCGAACUGCCGGACCUGAGCCACCUGACGGAGGAGGAGCGGAGCAUCAUCCUGUCGGUGAUGGAGAGGCAGAAGAAGGAGGAGGAGAAGGAGCAGAGCCUGCUCAGAGAUCAGGAGGAAGUGAAACCUCAGUCCACCUCGUGGAAUCCGUUCUCGGGGUUCAGUCAGUUGGUCAAUAAUGUUGCAGCCAACGUGUCUGAAGUUCUGCAGGUUAAAAGUCCGACUGACGGCGAGUCACAGACGAAGUUACAUCAGCAGUUUGAGCUGUAUAAGGACCAGGUGAAGCAGUUGGGGGAGGAGCCUCAGGCGGCGAGGGCGGAGUCUCCCAUCUGCGGCAUCUGUCACAAGACCAAGUUUGCCGACGGCUGCGGCCGAGCCUGCUGCUACUGUCAGAGCCGCUUCUGUGCCCGCUGUGGGGGGCGUGUCCCUCUGAGAGCCAAUAAGGUGAUGUGGGUUUGUAACGUCUGCAGGAGGAAGCAAGACAUUCUCACUCAGUCGGGCGAGUGUUACUCAGUCAACCACAUCUCACACGGGGCUCCAUACCCACCAGUACAGGGGCCACCAGGGGCCAAGGGGCCUCUGAGCAACGGAUCCACUGAGCGGAAGCCUAGUCCCUCUGAAUCAUAUUACAAUGGUGGGGGGGGCAGGAUGCCACGCUCACCCUCUGAUCACGGUCUGGACCGCCGUGUUCGCUCGCCACAUCGCUACUAUGGUAAUGGGGAGGAAGAGCUGCGGGGACGGAGGCGACCAAUCAGAGACAGACGAGGUCGCUGGCACUCCCAGGACUACCCUCUGGACCAGGUUCAUGAUGAGUAUGAGCGACAGCGACGGCAGGAGGAGGAGUUUCAGUCUCGUUACCGUAGCGACCCAAACCUGGCUCGAUACCCAGUGAAGCCGCAGCCGAGCGAGGAGGCCAUGAGGAUGCUGGCUCAGGUCGGCAAGGUGCGUCAUCAACGGCGCCACAGCGAUGUUUCUUUGGCAACCACCGAGCCCGACCACCUGACUCUGAGACCCACAGCUCUCCGUCAGAAUCGACUUCAGGGAUUGGUUGCAUCUGGAGGCCUGAGGUCAUUGUCUGUGGACCGGGUAGCCAAUCACAUCAGUCCCACAUCUCCGCGCCACAGCCCAUUGCCUCAACAACACCUAGACCCAAGCUCCGCCCUCAAGAGGAAGCCAGCCUAUGAGAGUGCAGCACAGAGGGCGCGGACGAUAGCAAAGAUGCACGUGAUUGGUAGCUUCAGCAGCUCAGAGGAAGAUCUAGUGACUACGCCUGAAUACAACAGCUGUGAGGAGCCCGACAGAGACAUGGACAUCCAGUGGUGGGAUCAUGGUUCCUGGCAUGGCGAGCCUGCGCCCACGUCUAUGCAACCGGUCACAUGGCAGCCAUCCAAGGAUGGAGAGCGUCUGAUUGGCCGAAUUCUGCUAAAUAAGAGGAUGAAGGAUGGGACGGUUCCUGCGGAUACGGGAGCACUGCUGGGACUGAAGGUGGUUGGAGGCAAGAUGACGGAGUCCGGUCGUCUCUGUGCGUUCAUCACUAAAGUGAAGCGAGGGAGCCUGGCUGACACUGUGGGACACCUGAGACCAGGUGAUCAGGUUCUGGAAUGGAAUGGUCGGGUUCUGCAGGGAGCCACUUUUAAUGAAGUUUACAACAUCAUCCUGGAGUCCAAACCAGAACCACAGGUGGAGUUGGUGGUGUCCCGACCAAUCAGAGAUGUUUCCAGGGCGGCAGACGGCACCCACGUCCAGCUGAACUCCAGUUCCAGUUCCUUUGACUCUCAGAAAGUCGGUCCGUCCAUCUCUGUCACGUCUCCCAUGAGCCCCAGUGUUCUGUCCGGACAGGUCUCUACUGUGAGCAGGCGUCCUUUGGUUCCCAGAAUUCAGAGCCAUGCUGUCCUAGUGGGUUCUAUAUGUGUUCCCUGUGGUGCUUCUCUCAAGCUGUGGUACGAUAAAGUUGGUCAUCAGCUUAUUGUCACUGUGCUCGGAGCCAAAGAACUUCCCACUCGAGAAGACGGCCGACCGAGGAACCCCUACGUCAAGAUCUACUUUCUGCCAGACAGAAGUGAUAAAAGCAAGCGGAGAACUAAAACAGUGAAGAAGUCAGUGGAACCAAGGUGGAACCAGACCUUCAUGUAUUCUCCAGUCCACAGGCGGGAGUUCAGAGAACGGAUGUUGGAGCUGACGGUCUGGGAUCAAGCUCGAGUCCGAGAGGAGGAGAGCCAGUUCCUAGGAGAAGUUCUGAUAGAGUUGGAGUCGGCUCUGUUGGACGAUCAGCCUCAUUGGUACAAACUGCAGCUUCAUGAUGUUUCCUCUGUGCCGUUGCCCAACGCCUCCCCCUACCUACAGAGGAGGGGACUGCAGUCUGAGGAGACACUGAGCAGCAGGAGGCUGCAGAGGUCUCAGAGGAUCAGUGACAGUGAGUUUUCAGAUUACGACUGUGAAGACGGCAUCGGGGUGAUAUCAGACUAUAAACAGAACGGGCGGGACUUUCACAGUUCCACCCUCUCAGUGCCGGAGCAGGUGAUGUCCUCCAAUCACUGCUCUCGAUCCGAAGUGGUCAGGAUGAGGUCACGGUCGCCCAGCCAACCGCCUCCACAGAGCGGUAACCCUCUGUACCCGCUAUACCGGGAGGAUGCCGUGCGGCUACUGCGAGGCUCCAAACUGAGCCGGGCGUACUCUGAUGCGGGCCAGUACAGCAGCCUGGACAGGAGAUCACUGAGGAGAAUGUCUGUUGGCACCUCUCUGGAUUCCCACGACAGAUAUUUUAACGAUGUGAGCCAAACUCCCUGGACAAACCACACAAUGAAUGGGAGCUGUGAGGACUACAGUCAGGACUUCAUUCCUGACUUCCCUUACGAACCUGAUGCCUACGAUGAGGAACUUCUGAGGUACAGUCGGCAGAUGGACCGGCAGGAUUACUACAGUCGCUCUCGGUCUGCUGACCAACGAGCGAUGGCAGACCGACAGGUCUACAUGCGGUCCCACUCCAUUGAUCGAGCUGACUCCAUCCACCUGAGGUCUGGACGCUCCGCCCCCCCUUCACCUGCCCCAACCAGGACAAACCCGCGAGGUGGAUCAACCCAGACGAGUCCAUCAGGAACGCCGGUCUGCAGCCGCCGAGGACGCCAGCUGCCCAUUGUCCCACCCAAAGGAGUUCCGGACAGAAGUACGUCUGUUAGUUAUCCUUCAGAUGGAGGAGAACCCUCUGACAGGGUGCAGACAGUUUUGGCCACAGCCACCACAGGAGUGCCAACUGCACCUGCUCCUCCCACUCAUCAUCAGGCCCCGCCCCCUGCACACAAACAAGGCCCACCCCUCAUCAACAAUCAACUGCCACCUCUUAUACGAGUCCAAGGCCCACCUCCUCCUGGAACCACGCAAACCCAUCAACCUUCUGUACCUGCACCAACACCUGCAUGUGCACCUGCACCUGCACCUCCACCUGCAUGUGUACCUGCACCUGCACCAACACCUGCAUGUGUACCUGCACCUCCACCUGCAUGUGUACCUGCACCUGCACCAACACCUGCAUGUGUACCUGCACCUGCACCUCCACCUGCAUGUGUACCUGAACCUGUACCUCCACCUCUGCCUGCACCAGCUCCUAUCCAAGUCAAAACCCCACCCCCUGCUCCAACAUCUGACCAAGCACUGGCCUCAGCUCCUAUACCUGCUCCAGCAGUGUCCCAAGCUAAGCACCUUGCUCCAACACCAACUAAAGCCCCACCUCCCGCCACAGCUACUGCUCCACCCCCAACUCCUGUAGUACAAUCACAGCUGCCUCCUGAACCCACCCUUUCUCCUGCACCUGUUCCAACACCUGUCCCUACACCUACCCCUGCCCCAUCACCUGCACAAACUCCAGAGCCAGACAGACGCUCAGCAACACCUGGAGGGACCCGAAAAGGUCAGAUGAAGGAUCAAUCAAAGAUGAGAGAAAGUCUGUCUUUUAAAUCAUCGGACAGUGACGUCAGUGAUGUGUCGGCUAUGUCCAGCGAUGUCCGAUCUGUCUCCAGGACCAGUCAGGUGGAGGCUUUGCAAGGCCAAUCAGUGGAGGUGGGGUCGGGGUCGGGGUCAGAGGGAACACAGGACGCAGUGGGGGCGGCAGAGGGCGAAGUCAUACUGCAAAAGAGCGAGUCAGUGGAGGAAGGAGAGGAGGAGGAGCCUGAGCCUUCAAAGGCAGCGGCAACAUCUGGAGCUCCGAUCACAAAGUCAUCGAGUGUCGGCGGAGAGAUUUGUUCACUGGGGAGAAACGACGAUGACGAUGAUGAUAAAAAGCGACGCUCGAGCUUUGGAGCGAAGAUGAUGGGAAUGGUCGGACUGGGAAAGAAGAGUCAGAGCGCCUCCCAGCUCAACCCAGAGGAGGAGGAGAAGAAGAAGAAGGUGGUGCGACUUCCUGUCCAGAGGAGCGUAGAAACCGGUUUAGCCGUUGAGUUUAAAGCUCGUUUCACGCGACAACCGAGCCGUGACCCGGAUGCCGAGGAUCCCAAACCUGGAGCUUUGAUUUUUCCAGGAGUGAAGCUGGCGUCAGACAGACAGUUCACUGGAUUUCUGGAGGGUUUGGGUCCUGCACAGCUGGCUGGACGGCAGACACUGGCCACGCCCCCUAUGGGUGACAUCCAGAUUGGGAUGGUGUAUCGGAAGGAGCGUCUGGACGUGGAGGUGAUCCGAGCCCGGGGGCUUGUGGGAAAACAAGGCAACAAGAACACGCCAGCUGCGUAUGUGAAGGUGUAUCUGAUGGAUAACGGGAAGUGUGUGUUGAAGAGAAGAACUCGUCUGGCGAGGAAAACACUCGACCCUCUUUAUCAACAACAACUGCAGUUUGAAGAAAACCCAGAAGGAAAAGUACUACAGAUCAUCGUAUGGGGAGACUACGGUCGAAUGGAUCAUAAAUCCUUUAUGGGCGCUGCUCAGAUCCUGUUGGAUGAUCUGGACCUUUCCAACAUGGUGAUUGGCUGGUUUAAACUGUUUCCUGCCACCUCAUUGGUGGACCCCGCUUUGGCUCCGCUAACCAAUAAGGAGACCGAGGGCAGCAAGUCGUAGCGUCAGGGCGCUCAGCCAACAGUAUUGCCAUAGCAAUGGGUCAGGAGGGAACACGUUGCUGGGUGGAGCCUACAAAAACGAUCCUCCCAUGGUCCUCCUCUGCUGCUGCAUGAUGACAUCACAAGGAUGAUGUAAUACUGUCAGCUUGAUGUCACUGGGAGGAAGAAUGAAGGCUCCGCCACCUGAAGCUCAAACAGGAAAUGACUCUCCCAAUGAGGGAGGAGCAGUGCAGCAAAAGAUGCUGGGAAAACAAAGGAGAGGCCAUGUGACCUCAAGCUACCAGCCAAUCAGAGCAAGUCCUCAGGAGUCAUGUGACUGUUGGAGACAUGUCCAGAACACUGAUGAGUUUCCAUGGAGACACAGGAACAUGGCUGUCCGGUCCUUUAUGUUUUUGCAUGGAACAGUAGAAUGUAAAUAAAAAACUGUUGAACAUGAGAACUUGAAAACUUGAAAAUAAAGAGAUUCUCAACACUCA